UAAUAGAUCAUAAUAAGUCUUCUAAAGGACGAGAGAACAAGGGCUGCAAACUCAGAUAGAGAAGAUGGGAAACAGGCAAUGGCCUCCAUUGGUCAUUGCAUUAACAUUUUGUCUAAUGGCUAUCAGUGUUGGCGCUGAUGAUAAGCCUUACUAUGGCCAACCAUCCAACUACUAUCCACACCCCACACCAACACCAUAUCACCAAGCAAACGGUCCACCUUACUAUUACAACUCACCUCCAUAUUACUACAAAUCUCCACCUCCACCCUCUCCAUCACCACCACCUCCUUAUAUCUACCACUCACCUCCACCAUAUUAUUACAAGUCGCCACCUCCUCCAUAUUAUUAUAAGUCAUCACUACAUCCAUCAUCUUCGCCUCCUCCAUCCUAUAUUUACAAGUCUCCACCUCCACCAUCUCCUUCACCACCUCCUCCAUAUGUUUAUAACUCUCCUCCUCCUCCAUCACCUUCACCACCUCCACCUUACGUCUACAAGUCACCACCCCUACCAUUACUUUCACCACCUCCACCAUAUGUUUACAAGUCCCCCUGACACCAUCUUCAUCUCCAUCACCUCCGUAUGUUUAUAAAUCCCCUCUUCCACCAUCUCCCUCACCUCUCCCUCCAUAUGUCUACAAAUCUUCAUGCUAACUCGUUGACAAGUGCACUAGUUUUUACAAGUAGUAAAAUACUCGAAAGUCUAAAUGUCGAAAUCACAUGAACUUUGUUUGUAUUUAGAUUGAUACAAAUCCAAUUUGCAAGGCAGAGAUAAGAAAUUUAAAAUAAAAAUGAGAAAUAAGAUACAAAUUU